AUGUCUCAGAAGCGUAAGAGUGAUGCUAGUGGUGCUGGUGUUAGUAAGAAGAGUCGCACUAUUACGUUGAAAACUAAUGUGGACAUUAUAAAGCGUUGUGAAAGAGGUGAGAAAAUGAUAAACAUAGCAAAUGCUCUUGGGAUGAAUCGUUUGACUGUUGGAACAAUUUUGAAAGACAAAGAGCACAUUAUGCAACAUGUGAAAGGUUCUGUGCUGAUGCAUUUCACGAUCAUUAGUAAGAAAAGAGGCUCGGUGAUUGCAGAGAUGGAAAAACUUUUGAGUGUGUGGCUGGAAGACCAGCAUCAGUACCACAUGCCUAUAAGCCUUAACUUAAUUCAGCGGAAGGCCUUAAGUCUCUUUUUAAACAUAAAGGCUAAACAUGGUGAGAGUGUUGCUGAAGAAACAUUUACUGCUGGCCAUGGUUGGUUCCACAGGUAUAAGGCUCGUUCAAACUUGCGCAACAUACAAGUGUUUAAUGUGGAUGAGACCGGUAUAUACUGGGAGAAAAUGCCUGAUCGUACAUACAUCGCCAAAGAAGAGAAGACUAUGCCUGGUUUUAAGGCAUCGAAGGAUAGACUUAUACUCCUGCUUGGUGGAAAUGCUGCUGGUGACUGCAAACUAAAACCUUUGUUAGUGUAUCAUUCCAAAAACCCCAAGGCCCUCAAGGGUGUUGUCAAAGCUUCACUUCCUGUUGUGUGGAAGGCAAACCCUAAGGCAUGGAUGACUCGAGUCCUCUUCGAAGAUUGGUUUUUCCAUAAUUUUGUACCUGAUGUGGAAAAGAACUGCAACAACAAAAACCAGCCCUUCAAGAUCCUGCUUGUGCUAGAUAAUGCCCCUGGUCAUCCAUCAUACCUGGACGAUUUCCACGCCAACAUCAAGGUGGUGUACUUGCCUCCCAAUACCACCUCUGUCCUACAGCCCAUGGACCAAGGUGUCAUGGCAAGUUUUAAAGAAUACUACCUGCGGAGAACUUUCACACAGGCUGUGAAGGAGACAGAAGGGGAGAGUGGAGUGACCCUGAGAGAGUUCUGGAAGAACUACAUCUACAAGGCCAUUAAGAACAUUGAUGCUUCCUGGCGUGAGGUCAAGACUUCCAACAUGAAUGGUGUUUGGAAGAAGCUCUGCCCACAAUUUGCCAAUGACUUCAAGGGAUUUACAGAGAAUGUGGAUUCAGUGGCCAACAACCUAGUGGAACUGGGCAAGCAACUGCAUUUGGAAAUGGAGGAAGAUGAUGUCCACGAAUUGAUGGAAUGCCACACUCAGGAGCUGACCAACGAAAAUUUGAUGGAGCUGGAGUCAGACAGGGUCCAGGAGGAGGUCGCUGAGGAGGAACAGGAGGCUGAGGAACCCAAAAAGUUCAACUCUAAGCAGCUGGAUGAAGAUUUCAGCAUGAUUGAGAAAGCACUAGCCUCUUUUGAGCCUCAGGACCCAAACAUUGAAAGAUUUACAAAAGUGUGUGCAGCUGUUCACAAUGCUAUUGCCUGCUACAAGAUAAUUUAUGAAGAAAAGAAGAGAUAA